AUGAAAUUAGUAGUUAUACUGACAUGUGUGCUGGCAGCCGCUGCUGACGCCGCCCCUCAGGGAUAUAACCUAGACACGCCCUCUGGUCCAGCAUUCUCUGCUGGGUUAGGAGGAUUAUCAGGCAGUUCAGGAAUCUCCUCGGGUGGGACUGGAUACUCUGGCGGCGGCUGUGGCCAUGGACAAAUCCGUCAUGUGGACGGCAGCUGUGUUACUCCCGAGGUCACUCGUAACUUGUAUUUGUACAGUGCUCCUCCAGUGUCUCCGAUCGUUGGUCCACGACCAUACAUUCCUUUGCCAAGAGUUGAACACAAUAUUGUGUUCAUCCGCACCCCAGAAACAGGCACAGGCCCGGAACCCAUUGUAGUGCCACCACCUCAACAGAAACAUGUCGUAUACGUCCUCAACAGGCGACCCGUACAGGACCAGAAGGUCAUCCACGUACCUGCACCAGAGCAAGCAAGUCCUGAAGUGUUCUUCGUUAAUUAUGGUGAAGGCGAGAACCCGACUCUGCCCACUGGAGAGGACCUCCAGUCAGCCCUCAGCUCUGCUGCCCAAGGUAGCGGCAAUGUGAUUGGUGGCUUCGGCGGCGGCUUUGGUGGAGACGGCGGUCUUGGAAGCGGCGGUGGCUUUGAUGGUGGAGCUGGCUUUGUGAGUGGCGGCGGCAGUGGCUUUGGUGGAGACGCUGGGUUCGGUGGUGGCUAUGGUGCUUCAGGAGGUAUUGCUCCCUCCGUUCCUCAGCCGUCUUCUUUGUAUUUACCUCCAUAGAAUCAUGAUUUUUAAGACUAAAAAAAUUGUUGAUUCUAAUGUUAUUGUUACUUAGAGGA